CGGGGGCGGAGACUGCGUAUGAAUCUGCGGUAGUGCUGCGACUGUGGGAUCACCUUGAGACUGCAGCGUUGCAAGGCGGUAGAAGAGCGUCGCUUCGGGAAGAGGACACAUCGUGUUUUGCAGAUCUUCGGAAGGGAACGCCUGCGCUAGAAGCCCUUCACAACAAGGCUCAUUCUACUCUGCGGGGUGUACUUUGCAGUUUGAGUCAUCGUGUUUGAGUGAAAGCAGUAAGAAAAAUCCAAAAGAUUACAGCAACAUGGAUCUGGGGAAGACAGACAGUCAGUUAGCAUUCACGGCUAUUAAGCAGCAGCAGCUGUACGCUGCCAUGGCUGACACCUUUCUGGAACAUAUGUGUCGUUUGGACAUCGACUCGGAGCCCAUUGUUGCUCGGAACACCAGCAUCAUCUGCACCAUCGGCCCAGCCUCCCGAGCUGUGGAAAAGUUAAAGGAGAUGAUUGAUGCUGGAAUGAAUGUGGCUCGUCUGAACUUCUCCCAUGGAACUCAUGAAUACCAUGCAGAGACUAUCAAAAAUGUGCGAACAGCUACAGAAAGCUAUGGUUCUGAUCCUAUCAAAUACCGGCCUGUUGCCAUAGCCUUGGACACCAAAGGACCAGAGAUCCGGACUGGACUCAUCAAGGGUAGUGGCACAGCCGAAGUGGAGCUGAAGAAGGGAAACACUCUCAAAGUCACCUUGGAUGAUGCCUAUAUGGAGAAAUGUGAUGAAAAUGUCCUGUGGGUAGACUACAAAAACAUCUGCAAGGUGGUGGAUGUUGGCAGCAAAAUCUUUGUGGAUGAUGGGCUCAUUUCUCUUCUUGUGACAGAGAAAGGUCCGAAUUACCUUAUUACUGAGGUGGAGAAUGGUGGAAUGCUGGGCAGCAAGAAGGGUGUGAACCUUCCUGGAGCAGCUGUUGACUUACCUGCUGUAUCUCAGAAGGAUAUCCAAGAUCUACACUUCGGACUAGAGCAAGAGGUGGAUAUGAUAUUUGCAUCUUUCAUCCGAAAGGCAGAUGAUGUCCAUGCAGUCAGAAAGGUCCUGGGAGAGAAAGGAAAAAACAUCAAGAUCAUCAGCAAGAUUGAAAACCAUGAAGGAGUCCGGAGAUUUGAUGAGAUCCUGGAAGCCAGUGAUGGCAUCAUGGUUGCUCGAGGAGACUUGGGUAUUGAGAUCCCUGCAGAAAAAGUCUUCAUUGCUCAGAAGAUGAUGAUUGGAAGGUGUAAUCGAGUUGGGAAACCGGUUAUUUGUGCCACUCAGAUGCUGGAGAGCAUGAUUAAGAAGCCACGCCCCACAAGGGCUGAAGGUAGUGAUGUGGCCAAUGCUGUCCUGGAUGGAGCUGAUUGUAUCAUGCUGUCUGGGGAGACUGCCAAAGGAGACUAUCCAGUAGAAGCUGUUCGAAUGCAGCACUUGAUUGCCCGAGAGGCAGAGGCUGCCAUCUUUCACACGCAGUUGUUUGAGGAGCUUCGCCGCCUGGUCCCCAUGACCAAGGAUCCCACUGAAGCCGCUGCCGUGGGUGCCGUAGAGGCUUCCUUCAAGUGUUGCAGUGGGGCCAUUAUCGUCCUCACCAAGUCUGGAAGGUCUGCUUAUCAGGUAGCCAGGUACCGUCCCCGGGCCCCCAUCAUUGCUGUUACUCGUUGUGCUCAGGCUGCACGCCAGUCUCAUCUGUACCGAGGUGUUUUUCCUGUGCUGUGCAAGGCCCCUGUUCAUGAGUCAUGGGCUGAAGAUGUUGACCUCAGGGUUAACCUUGCCAUGGAAGUUGGCAAAGCUCGUGGCAUUUUCAAGAAAGAUGAUGUGGUCAUUGUGCUGAAUGGUUGGCGUCCAGGUCCAGGCUUCACCAACACUAUGCGUGUGGUGCCAGUUCCAUAGAAUGGCAUUUGAAGGCCUCGUGGGUGACUUCAGCACCCCACCUCCUCCCCUGCCCCUGCCUGCAUCCGUUAGACCUGCAGCUGUUAUUGGUGGUGUCCAUUCCUGGCUACUACAGGCUUUAGACUGCUAAAACACCCCCCACCACCACCACCGCCCCCCCCAAAAGAUUAAAGUCUCUUCGUAAAAAAUACUAUAUUAGAACUGCCUUCCUGCCUCCCCACCCAGUAACAUCAGUAUCAGUUUAGCACGCUCCUGGUGGUGGGUAGAGCUAGAGCAGCUGUGACUUAGCUUGGGCUCCUGCAGAUCAUCUUUGAUGUAGAGGAUUGAAGUAACUCGUGUCAGUAUUGUGUUUUAAAUUGAUCUAGACCUCCUUCGUGCACAUACAAGUAGGCAGCAGCCACAGUCCCUCUACGUACAAGUCCUCAAAAUAUAUGGGCCUCAACAUCUUUCCUGACUAGAGAAACCACACUCCCUUUCCCCCAGCUCCAUCAUGUGAAUGAAAGCGUCCUGGUUUCACACACUUAAAUUAAAAAGUAAAUCCAGCUGCUAAAACACAAUACAUUUGGGUGAGUAAUGUAGUAUUUAGCAAUGGUGUCCUCUGGUAAGGCACUCCUACCUAGGUGGGGAGGAAGAAGCUUCCAGUCAUAAGCCACUGUUUCCUCCAGUUGGAGAAGGGAGCCUAGGAUGGAAAGGAAGUUCUUCUCGGGGAAUAAUCUCCACUGUCCCAGGCAACGGGCCUUACUACACUCCUUGCCCAUGACCCAACCCUCAGCCCUCUUACAUUGUGAGUUUCUGAGUUGCUCCAAUAGUUCUCUUCUAUUUUCGAUCUGGAAAAAACCCACACUCCUAUUGUGCUGUAUUUGGCUGUAGAGUACAUCAUUGUCAAUAAACACAAGCUGAAGCACUGGUUGA